UAGGGUUUGCCGCAUAAGCAUACUCAAAGUACCUGUAGUCGUCGAGGGCAGAGGAUCUUUAGUUGUGCGUGUGGGACACGUACUGCUAGUGCUACAUGUAUAUGUACAAAUUACGUUUGAAAUUUGACAUCCUGGCGGCCAGCGGUACUUUAUGGUCGUGAGUAGUACUGCUACUAGUACUAGAUAUGACUUGACUACAAUGGCAGGCAGCUGGGAGUCUCUGAUUACUGUAGCCCUGGCAACCAUCUUUAUCACACUUGCAGGGUUUCGUGUCCUCCUCAUCAAACUGUCUGCUAAUCAAGAUGGCGGGUUUGACUACCUACCAGUUGCGGUCAACUUGUGUGCUGAGAUCAUCAAACUGUUGGUUUGCUCAAUUCUUUCUCUGAAUGUCAUCACAAAAGAGAGACUAAAGAGUUGUUCAGUGUUUGCAUUCUCCAUCUAUGAUGUCUUGAGAUUGUUCAAGUGGAGUGUUCCUGGUCUGUUGUACUUUCUAGACAACCUUAUUGCCUUCUAUGUGGUUGCAUCAUUUGAACCGGCAAUAGUUGUGUUGCUGAACAACUUUGUUAUCAUAUCUACGGCUCUUCUGUUCAGACUUGUAUUGAAGUCCUGGGCAUCGCUAUCAAGCGAACUACAUGCUUUGUCAACUGCUGAAGGUCACAUCUGCUGGGAACUGCACGGGGUUCACCUUAUCCCAGCCAUCGAGUUCCUGACAAAAGAACCAGACGCCUGCCUUCAGGCCUCCUUGCAUAUUUGUCCCCGACAUAGCCUCGCUUUGGGGAGAUAACUCUGACAAGAAAUGGAGUCCGGUUCGUACUCUCAAGUGGUAUCUCGCCAGGACCAAGCAUUGCUGGGAGCCUGGUUUCAGACUUUUCAUCACAACCACAAAGCCCUUUUAUCUAGUGGCAAAGGACACUAUUGCCCAAUGGACAGUCUUGGCAAUCAUCUUCGUGAACCAGGACUGGCCAACUUGGCAUGACGGGACGACCCAUUCUCACGUCAGAGCCCAUGAUGUUCGGGCCGCUUCCUUGUCCUGGUCAUACUUCAGAGGCAUCUCCCUGGUGGAUAUAUGCCAGACGGCUUGCUGGAGAUCCCCCUCCACCUUCACCGAGUGUUAUCUGAAGGAUGUCCUGCGGAGCGAGACGGCUCACGGCGCAGCAACUUCGCGCUCAUUGGUUGGGACAGCAUCCAGCAUCGUCCCUCACCGAACAAUGAAUUCUUUAUCGUAGAUACUUCUUUCUCUGGUGAGUGUUCGCUUGGGCAACGCCUGCCUAUGUUCUCUAGUAACUACUCUCCCGUUGCUGACCCUCCUCCAGGGUACGGUACCAUGUAGGCUGGACAGGGGUAUGUGAACGCAGGAGACUCCUCCCCCACAUUAGUGUGGGUCGGGUCUCCUAGUGAUACUUACCCCUGUCCAGCCACUCCCGCCCGUCCUUCCCCACUUUGGCUUCAGGAAUUUCUCCGCCUUGAAAAGGACGUACAUGGCAGCGAGACCGCAGUGCAUUGUGGAGGGUCAAGGGGCAGCAUACAUAAUCAAGUCUUUUCAGCGAAUUGUAAUAGACACACGGGAAAUUUGCAUAUGUAGGCUGGACAGGGGUAAGUAUCACUAGGAGACCCGACCCACACUUAUGUGAGGUGGAUUUUCUAUUGUGAUUUGUUGCUUCAGUAUAUGACAGUUCAAAUUCCAAUAAGCAAAUGAUCUCACAAAUAAUUUCAAUAGGUCCUAAUCAAAUUUGGGUUCACAUCUAGAACAGUACCCUCCCCAUAAAAACAGUGCCUACUUGAAUAAGCCUUCUGUGAGUUAAAUUUGAAUAAAAUCUGGUACACCAAGUUCUUUAAAUUUACCUGAACACAAUUGGAAUUUUUCAUACUACUGAUUAACACUGUUGCUUAUAUCUUGUGAUUCAGGGUAAGCUUUUGCUUAGUUACAUAUGAGAUGUCUUGAAACAAUACACUGUUCUGAAUGGAUAAGAAGGGCACAAAGGAACCAUUCCAAGGUAUAGCAACUGUGUCUUUAGUCUGGGGAGUUCAAAUUAUGUUUAUGCACAAUUACAUAACUCAGUGUACGGACUUUAUUCAAAUUUAACUUGCAAAUGGCUUAUAAACACCUAGAAUCAGCCUCCAGUACCUCACUUGUAAGGAAAAGCAUGAGCUCUUCAAAUGUUGAAAGUAAACUUUACAAUAUUAUGAGCAAAAAAGAGAUAUUGUUUGGUUUUAGAAAAUAGCUUGGCACCCCUGGAAAUCAGUGUUUCACCAAGAGGUUACCCCAGGAUAAAUAAGUAAUAAAUAUUAGUUUUCACUGAACAUUUUCAUAUAAAUUGCAUGUUGUAGAGCUCUUAAACUCAUGUCACUGUUGACACCUACAAAUCAUAAGCUUGCAUGAUCAUGCUGAGCAAUAAAGUAACAAAAAGUUUCUUGUCCCAAAAUAGAUUCCUUCUGAUAGCCUCAGGAAAAGUCGCUGAAGCAUUUGGACACCUGCUGAUCCUGAUUCUGAUUUUCCGGAUAUUAGAGGGACAGUUAAUCAUUUGCAGUUAUCCAAGAAGUAACUAAUAAAAGCUUACAUGUACUUAGUUCAAGGAUGGUUAUGGGACUAAGCUCCUUGUAAAAUUAUUCUUUCAGGCAAGUUGUCAUUUUGAAGAAAACAAUACCACAAGGUCAUAUCCAACGAUGCAUCGAAAGAUGCAUUUUGGAAAAAUUGCCAUAGAAGCACAUGCUUGGGUUGUUAGUAGCGUGACAUUACUUAGCUGCAUUCGGCAGAAUGUGAGAACGUCCCUUUAUUCAAAACAGACUGGGCAACUUGAUCUGAAAUUCUGAAAUUGAAAUCCUGGAAUGUUUUUCUCAGAAUAUUCAGUAUUCACUAAGCUGAUUUGUCCUUGAGCAUCCUUGUUUAGAUUUUGAGUAAUUUUGUCGUCGCUAAGGAACACAAUGCACAAAUAAAAAUGACGGACUGUACUUUUAAACUUA